UUGACAAUUUUUAACAUUUGUUUGGAAUUGAAUCCAAACAAUCCAACGACGAGAAUUUCAUCUCCAAUUCUCCCGCGUUUCUCAUUCUUAUUCUUGUCCAUUGCAUUUUGGAGCCCAGUUUCUACCUUUUCCUCCUCUGUAAUCUUCAAUCACUAAGCUUACAAACUUCAGUCCUCUCCAAUCAACCGGCAGCCACUUUCCUUUUCUCCAUUGAAGAUGAAUUCACAACUAUUCAAGGGUUCAAAUGUGUUCAUGUCGAGAAAUUUAGUUCCUCCAGAAGUUUUCGAUUCACUUCUCGAUGCCCUAAAUCGCAACGGUGCUAACGUCGUACAAUGCUGCGAUCCGUCUCGCAAUUCUACCGAAGAUUUUCAUGUCAUCGGUUCCUCUAACCAUGAAAAAUUCGAGGAUUUGAGAGCUAAGGGAUGCAAUUUACUAGGUCCACAAUGUGUUCUUUCCUGUGCAAAACAGAAGCGAGCCCUCCCUAAGCUAGGAUUUGUUUGUUGUCUUGCUAUGGAUAGUGUCAAAGUGCUUACAUCUGGAUUUAGAAAAGAGGAAAAGGAAAAAAUAGAAAAGAUGGUGAUUGCUAUGAGUGGAAGCUUUUUAAAUAACGCUUCCUCAGAUGUUAGCUUUGUUAUCGUAAAGAAUGUGAUGGCUGGGAAAUACAAGUGGGCUGUGAGUAAAGAGAAGCAUAUAGUUACUAUUAAUUGGUUAAAUCAGUGUUGGGUUGAGCAUCGUCUCGUUCCAAUGGAGUCAUAUCGUGUCCCUCCAUUCUUAGGGUUGGUGAUCUGUGUCUCUAGAAUUUCUGGAGAUGAGCGGAAGGUAAUGGAGAAGCUAAUCAUACAAAAUGGUGGAAAGUACUCUGCUGAACUCACUAAACUUUGCACACAUCUAAUUUGUGAAAUUCCUGAAGGUGACAAAUUCAAAGUUGCUAAUAGAUGGGGAGACAUCUAUAUUGUAACUCGAAAAUGGUUUGAUCAGUCAAUUGCUAGACGAGUAUGUCUCAAUGAGGAAGCCUAUAAAGUUAAGAACUGUCCAGUUUCUGCAUUAAAGAAUAAACUAAAAGCCAAGUCUAGUAAGGAGAAGUGCUCUAUUAAAUCAUUAUCUGUCUUGCAAUCAGCAGCCACAGAGUCAUCUUUGCAACCAGGUCCAUCUCGAGGGACUACAGAUUCAGAUGUUGAUGUUGCUCAUUCUCAGAACAUCUCUUCUGCAUGUCGAACUGCUGAAGAGGAAGAAGCUGGACAGCCUGAUCUAUCUGUUCAGGAUAAAAAUGUGGAAGAAUGUGUGGCUGAUGAUUCAGAGGGUGAUGGCAAUGAUUUGUACCUUUCAGGUUGCAGAAUUGGUCUGGUAGGUUUUAAGGCUUCUGACACACAGAAACUAGUUGGUAUCAUACGUCAGGGUGGGGGCUCCCGUUACAUGUCAUGCAGUGAGAGAUUGACACAUAUUAUUGUUGGAGAGCCAUCAGAUGUCGAAAAGCGAGAGUUAAGAGGCUUGGCUGCUCACGGGGUCAUCCAUGUUGUUAAACGAAAUUGGCUUGAAGAUUGUUAUCGUGUGAGGAAAGAGGUCCCUGUCAUGCAGAAGCAUAUUGCUUUUGAUAUACUUCUUUGCAAAGAUUUGAUGGGCUUGUCUAGUAAAGCACCAAGUCUGGAUGCGAGCCGCACUAAGCAUGGAGAAAGCUCAAACAUUCUUUCCAGCGCUCCUAUGGCUCCAACUUUGCAAACUGUGAGUUUAGGUACUGAGAUCCCAGUAGAUAGAAGUGGAGCGGACAUCUCAGAUGUCACCCAAAACAGCAGCCACUCUAUGAAAGGAACGAAGACUUCUUCACAGAGUAACAAGCCUUGCAUUCUUUUCAGCAAUCCUAUGCCUCCAACUUUGCCAACUGCGAGUUCAGGUACUGAGAUCCCAGUGGAGAGAAGUGGAGAUGACAUCUUAGAUGUCACCCAAAAUAGCAGCCAUUCUGUGAAAGGAACAAAGACUUCUGCACAGAGUAACAAGCCUUCUGUAAAUGCAAAAGACCCAAGUCAAAAAAAGAAUCAAUAUUGUGAUAAAUUACAAAAUAGGAUGUCUACAGAGGUCUUUAUUGGGAAACAUUUUUGUUUCUCGCAUUCUUUUCCUGAUGAUCAAAGAGGUGAAGUUGUUCAGUGGAUAAAGGAAGGCGGAGGAGUGUUAAUAGAUGAUCAUAUCGUAAUGAAUGUGGAUUUCACCAUUGAAUGCCAUGGAAAGAUUGCCAAACCAAACGCCACUAUGCGAACUACUUAUGUAUCAAGUCACUGGAUUCGUUCUUGCUUAGAAGAUGGACGCUUGCUUGAUGCUGAUAGUCACAUCCUUUAUUCACCACUUCCUUGCCGGGUACCUUUGCCUGGUUUUGAGGGCUUACGAUUCUGUGUAUCACAGUAUACAGACAAAGAGAGAUCACUUUUGCGCAAUCUUUGUCAUGUUCUUGGUGCUGUGUGCAAGGAAAAACUUACCAAGAGGAUUACCCAUCUUUUAUGUAAAUAUGCCACUGGCAAUAAGUAUGAGGCUGCCUGCAAAUGGGGAAUUCACCCAGUUAGAUGUGAGUGGCUUUACGAGUGUGUCAGGAAGUGUGACAUUGUUUCACUAAGUGACUUCCAUCCAGAAGAGCCCGAGUCAGGUGUAUGCAUUACGACACAAAAUACUACACAAGCUUCCAGACUGAUCUCUAUGGAAAAUUCAUCGCAGUUCUCAAGUCAGUGCCAGGACUUGAGAAAGACGAAUACUUUCGGGAUUGACACCAAAGGAAAUGGUCAUGAUGUUCCUGAUGUUCCUGUCUCUGUAAAGCAUUGUUCAUCGCAGUUCUUAAAUCGCUCCCAGGACUCGAAAAAGACAUUUACUAUGCAGUAUAAAAGACCAAGGUUAUUGGAAUCAAUGAAUGGAUCAAAUCAAGAUGCGCAAGUACGUAAGAUCUCUGCAGUUGAGCUUCAGGAUGAUGCUAAGGAAAAUGGUCCUGUUGUUCCUGAUGUAGCUGCUGCUAUAGAGGACUUGUUGGAGCAUACAAGCAUGAUUCAAGAUAUAAUAUCACCAGUCAGUACAGAGUGUGAAAAUAGUUCAAUCCUUGUUAAAGAUCAUUCAGUUUCUCAUUCUGCUUUAGGGCCUUCGAUACAUUGGUUUAGCAGUCUAGGGAAGGACCCUCAAACUCCAUCUAAAGAUCAGAGCAUAGGCAUUCAUGAUGGUUUUAGUGAACCACAGACAGAAUCUCAGAUGGUUGGUUAUGAAGAAGAUCUAACUGGCAGACAGAUGAUAAUAGACAGAGUUCGAACCAGAAGCAGCAUGUUUUGAAUCAUUUGACGAACUACGAAGGAACAAAUGUAGCAUUGGAGCAGGAUAUGGUUUAAGAGCACUCUUUUGAUCAUUGGACUCGAUAAAGCUAACAGUUUGGUUGGCCGGAAAGUCUUUGAGGCUUAAAUUAGCAUCAUAUGAAGAAUAUGACCCAGUUUCGUGUUUUUACUUGUGCGCGUCUGCCUUCCCACGGCCAGCAACUGAGCAAAAGAGCAGUAAACCUGCAAACUGAUGGUAAAUCUAGACUCCAGACUCCCGCCUGAGCCUGAUUCUUCCGUUUUAUCACAUUGAUGGAGUAUCUGGGUUCAAAAGCUGCAGUUACAGUUCUACAUGAGCGGUAAAUAAUGUUUAUUUAUGUACAAAAUGCUAAUGCUGGAGCUGGUGAUAGGCCUUUUUGUAUGCUAGCAGACAUCGGUAACUUUUAUAAUCUCACCACAAGGGAUCCUACACAAAACGUCGAUAUUGAUAAUCAUUCGUGUGGUUCUAGCUAUGCAUAGAUAGUCAAGUCCUAGGUCAUUGUAAAUUUUUUAGAUCCUUUCUAUCCGAACAAUAUUUGUAUUAUCCAAAAUAUAUUCCGAUGGCUAGUAUUGACUGCAAGCAAGA